GAUAGGGAAGGGGAAUGGCGAGAAUGGCGAUGCCGAUGGCGCUGGUGUGUUUCUUCUCCCUGGCCUGCGCGGCGGCAGCGGCAGCGGCGCCGCCCACUGUGCUCUCUAGGAUAGCUGGGCUGGACGCGAAGCUGAAUUCGAGCCGGGGAGGCUUUGCGUGGGUGACUGGAAUCGACGAGAAGGAUCUGGAAACCAAGGCGCAGGUCUCGCUGUUGGAGGAUACCGAGGUCGGGUUUCCAACGCUAGAUAGCCUUCUCCAAUGGGCCAUAGGACACUCUGAUCCAGAGAAACUAAAGGACUCUGCCAGGGAAACCAUGAGGCUUACUCCCGAGGAACUCGCAAAGCGUCGAGCGGAUAUCAAGGAACUGAUGGAGAGAUUGAAAAUGCCAUCUGAUGCAGAUUUGAUGAGAAUAGCGAUCAAGGAUCUUAAGAAUUCUUCUCUCUCGGUUGACGAGCACAAGCGUGCUUUGGACGAGCUACUGGAGCUCGUUGAGCCGAUUGACAACGCAAAUGAUUUAAACAAGCUGGGUGGCCUGGAAGCUGUGAUCGAUGUGCUCCAGAGCCCCGAAGAGGACAUCCGGGUAGCCGCAGCGUGGGUGCUGGGAAAGGCCAGUCAGAACAAUCGUCUCGUCCAAAGUCAGAUUUUACAAAUGGAAACACUUCCAGCUUUGAUGAAGAUGGUUACGGCUACUUCCGAGGAGGAGGCCGUGAAGGCUCUGUAUGCCGUUUCCGCUGUGAUCAGGAACUAUCCCGCUGGCCACGAAGCGUUUUACGAGCAAGGUGGCGCGAGACUCUUGCAGGAACUGUUAAGCAGCUCUAGCACGAGCCAGAGACUCAUGAAGAAGGCUCUGUUUUUGGUGGCCGACUUAGCCGAGCAGCUUGCGGAAGCUGGAGGAGGUUUAUCAAGCUACGUUCCCGAGGACGAGCUAGUGGAAUCUGUUGUCCAGAUACUCGGUUCGUCCGACUUGGACACUCAAGAAAAGGCACUCAUGGCUCUCAAGAGCCUGGCUCGCGUCGGGAGCACGCACAAGACGCUCAAGGGCGUGUCGGGGUUGGAUGUGGCGCUGGAAAAGCUCCGGCGGACGCUGGAGCAGCUGAUGCUCGAGCAGGAUCAUGUGGAGCUGGCCAGGGACAUGGAGGAACUGAGGAAAGAAGUAGCAGCGUCCUUGCAGGUUGGACGGAUUUGACCCGACAAUACAAAGGAUUGCCUUUGGUUUGUAAAUUUUUACUGCCUGCUCGAGAAAUCAAGUUUGUAAAGCUUUCUGUUUUCA